AUGGUUGAUAUCAAUGAUUUUCAAAGGCUGGAAAAGGUCGGAGAAGGAACUUACGGUGUGGUCUAUAAGGCUCUAGACACCAAGAACAACAACCGUAUUGUUGCCUUGAAGAAGAUCCGUCUGGAAUCUGAGGACGAAGGUGUUCCGUCUACUGCGAUUAGGGAGAUCUCUCUGCUGAAAGAGCUUAGAGAUGACAACAUCGUCAGACUCUACGACAUUGUCCACUUGGACUCCCACAAGUUGUAUCUUGUGUUUGAGUUUCUGGAUCUAGAUCUCAAAAAAUACAUGGAAAAAAUACAGGGCGAAGAAGGUUUGGGCGGUGACAUGGUUAAACGCUUCAUGCUGCAGAUGAUCCGUGGACUCUACUACUGCCACGCCCAUAGAAUUUUGCACAGGGACUUAAAGCCUCAAAACCUGCUUAUUGACAAGGAAGGUAACUUGAAACUGGCAGAUUUCGGUUUGGCGCGUGCAUUUGGUGUUCCGCUCAGAGCAUAUACCCACGAAGUUGUCACCCUUUGGUACAGAGCCCCCGAGAUUCUGUUGGGUGGAAAGCAGUACUCUACGGGUGUUGAUAUGUGGUCUGUAGGGUGCAUUUUUGGGGAAAUGGUGGUUAGAAAGGCUAUUUUCCCUGGUGACUCUGAAAUCGAUCAGAUUUUCAGGAUCUUCAGAGUCCUCGGUACUCCUACCGAGGCUGUAUGGCCUGAAAUAAACUAUCUUCCGGACUACAAGCCAUCAUUCCCCAGGUGGAAACCAACAAGACUGGAGGACUUGACCCCUACUUUGGACAACGAAGGUGUUGAUCUCCUAAAGAAUCUGCUCGUCUAUGACCCAGCAUCUAGAAUCUCGGCCAAAAGAGCUUUGCUGCAUCCUUACUUUCAAGGGAAAGGUUAUCAUCCACCCGUUGAAGAUCAAGAGUUCCUCCAUCAUUCAAUGCAAGUUGACUCGUCCAGCGUUUACGUUUAG